AUGGGUAACGAUUCAGCUUUGAUUGACACACUCCUCCGUCAGUUAUCGACUGCUUUCAAAAUCAGGGAUCUUGGUACACCACACUUCUUUCUAGGGAUAGAAACAGUACCUUACGGCGACGGUUUAAUUCUAUCUCAGCGGCGCUAUAUGAAGGAUAUCCUCAAGAGGGCAGGAAUGACGGACUGUAAGGCUCUGGCCACUCCAGCAGCAGUAACUCAAUCAGCUACACCCUCUUUAACUCCCUUCGAGAACCCUACUCAGUAUCGGAUGAUCGUAGGGGCGUUGCAGUAUUUAACUAUCACCAGGCCGGAUCUCUCCUUCUCGGUGAACAGGUUGUGUCAGUUCAUGCACUCCCCGACUGAUGAUCAUUGGGGCUUACUCAAGCGGGUGUUACGGUACGUUAAGGGGACUCAGGAAUACGGGCUCCGUCUGUCUCUAUCGCCCUCGUCUAAUCUUCAUGCAUACACUGACUCAGACUGGGCCGGAUGUCCAGUUGAUCGUAAGUCUACCAGCGGUUAUGCGGUGUUUCUCGACACCAAUCUCGUCUCAUGGGUCUCACGCAAGCAGCGCACUGUGGCCAGGUCCUCUACUGAAGCUGAGUACAAAGGGCUGGCGGAUGUUUCAGCUGAGGUCACAUGGGUCGUUUCCUUACUACGUGAACUUGGGUUACACUCUGGUACACCGGCUACGCUAUGGUGUGAUAAUCUAGGGGCCACUUACCUAGCAGCCAAUCCAGUUUUUCACGCCCGCACAAAACAUGUCGAGAUUGAUUAUCACUUCGUCCGGGACAAGGUCGCCGCAGGGGAUUUUAUUGUCAGUUUUGUUUCCACCAAAGAUCAGCUGGCAGACAUUUUCACCAAACCGCUACCAGCUCCACGCUUCCAGGCGCUACGGGACAAGCUCAAUGAGCUUUUAGUGGUUGCUUCCCUAUAG